CCUCUAUAAAUACUGAUAUUAUCUGUUGAGUUUGUUAGGCAAACCUAUGUCGUGACCUCAACCUUUUGUGUAAAUAUGGUUAUGCUUGCCCGUACGUCCGAAAAUCGGAGGUGUACUUAAUAUUUUAUGACGGACUUGUGUUCCGCAUAGGCAAAUCUCAGUUGUUUCAACGCCGUGAACCGCGACGGAUGGUAGACAACAGACAUGCGAGUCAAAGAUAAAUACAAACUUCUGGUUUUGGGUUUUUUACUUUGUACGUCUGUUCUGCUGAAUUUUAAGAUAUCUUUCACAAGAUAUCCAGGCGCCAAACGUAGUAAAGAAGCAGUUUUUGAGUAAAAGCGGUGGAAUGGUCAUUUUUUUCUGAUUACAACAGCAUUGCCAAUUAGUUUUGUACUUCUUUGCUACUUUCACUGUCUGUCUGCAAUAUUUAUUUGCUGUGGUAAUGAUUCUCUCUGAUAUUGCAGAGUAGGUACAACUGACGUACAAUAAACAAAUGUUAGAAAUGAAAUUUUCGGGCUUCUUAUAUGUGUUUGCCAUCGCUCUGUAUCUCUUGAAGAGCGCUACGUGCAAAGAUGCACUGCCAGCGAAGCGUUUCAAAGUAAAUUUAGACGCCGAUCCAUUGGAAAGGUGGGAGCCCGUAUUGAAGAAUUUUGAUGCAUCUCUUCUGCAAGAUGUUAUGGACACACUUCUGAAAGAAUACGUCAAAAACAAGGAGUUGAUUGCUUUGGCUGAGGUAAUAGGUAAAGAUCUUGACAGAUAUUUUCCUUAUCCCUAUGGCGAUGAAAUACGAGGAAUCAGUAAUUUUUACAAUAUGAAAUUGGGCGACCUCGUUCUAGGAAACCUAGCUUAUGACCUAUCAGCAUGGAAUUCAAAUCGUUUCAAGGGUCGAGCUUGUACAAGCAUUGUCACAGUUGAUGAAAAUGGUGGGCUAAUUCACGCGAGAAAUCUUGACUACGUAGUUGGAGAUGAAUUGCGGAAUAUAAUUGCCGAGAUAGAAUUUCACAAAAACGGAGAAACUGUAUUUAUUGGAACAACAUACGUUGGUUAUGUCGGAUUGUUGACGGCAGCAAAACCGAACAAAUUCUCCCUGACUGGGGAUCAGCGCAACACUGGGUUUCUAUGGGAGAAUAUUUUGGCCGCCUUGGAAAAAUCAUGGCCCACAAUGCUGAUGGCAAGAGAAGUCAUAACAAACGCUGAAAACUAUGAAUCUGCAAUAGAAAUGCUACAAAACGCAAAGACAAUAGCACCAAUGUAUUUCAUAGUGGGUGGACUGAAACCACAAGAAGGUGCCAUAGUAGUUCGGGAUAGAUGGGGAGCAGUCAAUGUUACAAGGAUGAUAGAUACUUCUCAUAAAUGGUUUGUCGUUGAAACAAACUACGACCCUUGGAAGCCCCCACCUCCAACAGACGACAGGAGAGAUGCUGCUGUAAAAUCUAUGAAUGAGUUUGGACAAGACAAAAUGAAUCCUGAUAAUCUUUAUAAGGUUAUGUCGACACCUCCUGUAUUUAACUCAGAGACAACAUAUACGACAGUGAUGAGUGCUGCAAAUAUGUCUUUAUAUCAUACCAUGAUAAGAUGGGAUCACCCUACGGAAAACUGAUAAACUUUUUUGAUUGUUGAUCUUACUAAUUUUCUUUCUGAUCUUUUUAUAUUUUGUUCCAAAUAUAUAUUCUAUUUUACGCAUAAUUUUUGAUUCAUUUGAUCAUAUUCGAUGAUAUAAGACGUGACCACUAAUUUUAAUUCACGUGUUAAUUAAUAUUUCACUCGUCCAAUUAAUACUAAGAUUUAGUUAUUUAAUUAAAUCAAUUGUGGUUUAUUUCAAAAUUUCACUAUAUGCGAAUGUGAUUGUAAACUCGAAUUGCAAUUUAAUUGUGAUUCCAAAACUUAGGUAUAAAUAAAAGAACUCAAUGGUCAUUUGAGUCUUUCGUGGAGUUUCAGUUGGUUGAAUUGUAGUUAACCAAACGUAAGUCCAAAAAAUUCUUCAAUAGACUAGCAGUCAGGUAUCAUUGUAAAUGACAAGUGGCUAAAUAGUUUGAAGCAACAUUAUGUUUAUAAACAUUCAAACUGGUUUGUGAACGCAAUCUUACAAAAUGAGAAUCGAAAAAUAUUUAUGCGGUCAAG